AGCUUUUUCAACAAUCAUGCCACCAGCAGCAACGACACAAGCGGCGGUCGCGUCGUCGGACAUCGUCACGCUGCGCGUCGCUGGGAAGGAUUACAACAUCACGUCGGCCUUCAAUUCGGCGCGGCGAAGCGUGUCGGGGCUGAUGUCGUGCAAUUCGAGGACGUUAGCCGAAUUGCCUUCUGCUAAGACCAUCAAGCAAUCAAAGCGCCUGUGGCAGGCAGCAGAGUUGGCAAAUGCUGGCUUCAUGGUGGAGUUUUUCGCUACAGCGGACCAAGUGACCGCACUCACGUGCAUCGAGUAUCGAGGGCACAACCAGGAAACCCCGUUCCUUGUCGCGUGUCGGCUUGGCCAUGUCCAAUGCGUGAGCAUUUUGAUGCAGCACGGGGCCAAUCGACACGCAGUUGACCACCAUGGGAACACAGGCCUCCACCAUGCGUGCCGGCAAGGCCAUGUCGCCCUGGUUCAGUUCCUCUCAGCGCACAUGGACGUGUACAUUCACAAUGCCAAGCGUCUUUCGGCCAUUGAUUUAUGCCGGCAGCAGCUGCAUGGACAACAGCACAACGCUAACAUGGCGCGGUGCAUGGAGUGCCUUGAAAACCGAGUCAAGUUAUUUGAAGGGUGGAUUGAAGUCAGCGAACCAAGCGUCGGGUCGGUACUCACGGGGCUGAGUCUGCUCCAAGCGUGGCAAUUGCGGUAUGUCGUCGUGUAUGGCGUCGGGUCUACCACGUACGUGGACGUUGCCGUGUACUCAAUCGCCCACGAACUGCGCCCGCUGCUUCCAACCAAUGUCUUUGUCGUACCAGUGCACCAACUCGUAUCGUUCAAUCUCCAACCAAAGCUGUUCCAGCCCCGGCCGUAUACAUUUGCAUUGCACGGGUCUCCCAAGCGAAAAGACAUGUAUAUUGGCGUGUCGCAAACGGUAGAGUUCGCGGCCUCGAAUCCCCAAGAGUUUGAGCGGUGGACCACGUUCUUCUGCGUUACUCUACUUAACGACCGCGUCGUGGACGAAGGAGGAGCUGGCAUGUUGUCAAACACCUCGGCCCACAGUUCCCCGACCGACGGCUCCACGAGUCUACCAUUCCGACCAGGUCGAAUCAUCGAAAUAGAAAAGUAAAAAAGAUCACGAAAAUAUUCCAGCAAUAUUGCUAUUAAUAAACAACUCUCGAA